CAAACACGUUUAGGUUGCAUUUUUCUUGUUUCUUAUGUACUCCUGGUCACAGUCGCCGUCUUGUUGGUUCAUUUUAUUAUUCUGUAUCAAUCAUUGUAGGUUAGCAUCUUCUGGCAAGUCAUCGUCUUUAUUUUUAUCAUUUUUUGCAGAGGAUAAGCUGCGCCCAUUCGACUACCUUGUCUGCUUACGCUCGUCGCGCAUCGUUUUCGUUCGUGUUUGCCGGCUCAUGUCGCCCCACCAACGCAUCUGGUUGCCGUCGUCGUCGCUGCCGCAGUCGAGAGGAUGUCAGGCGAUUCAAGUGGCUGGCGAUACUGGCAAUGGCAGCAGGGCUGCCCUGCCCAUUGGUGCAAGUGUCGUACAGUAAUAUUUUUUAUUUUUAGCUGUAAU